UGCUCGGAGAGGAUUCAGGACACAGCGGUGUGUAACACAGUGUUACUGUGUAAAGUCCCUGCACUCACUCACUCUCACACUGACUCACUGGCUUCACCGGGAAACGCGGACAAACUGAAAGCGGGUCCUCAGCUAAAAAUAGUUUGUUCCAGUAGUUUGUGGAACUUUAUGAAAAAGACACACACAGGCGUGUUAUUUAUUUAUUUAUUUAUUUAUUUAUUCCAUUAGCGUUUGUUUUGCCUGACAGCAUCUCUACAAGUUAUUUCUAGGAGCACUGAAUCCAGGGCAGGCUAUCACAUCUACCAGAUCAUUACAUCUUCCUCCACACUGAAGCUGGUCAGAGACAUUAGAGUGGCGAAGCAGCUGAGUGAAUCCUGAAGACGGAGUAACAAUAAGAGUUUGAUCCUUGGCUAGAGGCCCAUUAGCGUGAACAGAAGAAUUCAAGAAGUGCAACAUGGCUAGUGGCUUCCUCUGCUGCUUGAAAUACAUGAUGUUCAUCUUUAACCUCAUCUUCUGGUUGUGUGGCUGUGGACUGCUGGGCGUAGGGAUCUGGUUGGCAGUGUCUCAGGGCAGCUUUGCCACCUUCUCGCCCUCCUUCCCCUCCCUCUCUGCUGCAAACCUAGUCAUCGCUAUAGGCGCCAUCGUCAUGGUGACUGGCUUUCUUGGUUGCCUGGGUGCCAUCAAGGAAAACAAGUGCCUGCUCCUGAGUUUCUUCAUCGUCUUGCUGAUUAUUCUGCUGGCCGAGCUGAUUUUGCUUAUCCUUUUCUUCACAUUCUCCGAUAAGGUCAGUGAGAAUGCCAAGCAGGACCUGAAAGACGGCCUGUCUCUAUACUACUCGGAAAACAACGUCGGUCUGAGGAAUGCCUGGAACAUCAUCCAAGCUGAGUGGAAGUGCUGUGGCGUGAUUGGGUUUACAGACUGGCACGACGCUCUAAAGGAGAAGGUUGUACCUGACCGCUGCUGCCAGGAGCACUAUCAGGACUGCGGCCGCAACGUCACCAACGAGUUCUGGAAGCGGGGUUGCUUUGAAAAGGUGGAGGAGUGGUUGGAUGAUAACAAGCACCUGCUCGGGACUAUCGCCUUGUGCAUCUUGGUUGUCCAGCUCCUGGGUAUGGCCUUUUCCAUGACGUUGUUUCAUCAGAUCCACAGAACAGGGAAGAAGUACAACGCCUAGCCAAGCACCAGGACAGACAGAGGCCUAUGGGACUGAUUCGGGAAGAAAAGCUCCUUUACAAUACCCUAACCUUAUCUCCUGUUCUCCCCUGUACAGACAUCAGCCAUGCGUCCCGUUUCUUCUUCUUUCUCUUCUCUCUCAUGAUACCACUUAUCUGCCAAAGAGAAAGAGAGACAGAGAGGAAGGAGUUCAAACUCUUUGGCCAAGAAUCCCCAUAAUGGCUGUUUCCUUUUCUUCGCUACUUCUUUAGAAUUUUUUAUUUUUUUUGUAUGCUUGGACUAACUAACCACAGCAGAAAGGAGAGUAUCAUGGCAAAAAUAAACUGCAUCGCUCUACUAAUGUGUAAUUCCCAUCCUGCAAGGAAAGGAAAGGAUAUAAAAGACUAACCAUGCCAUCUUCCGGGUGGCGUGCUUUUUAAAUGUUAUUCGCAUAUUCAAAUUCCCUCGGCAAUGAAAAUGACAAAGGGUUCCAUCCCGGGUAGCCUCGAAGGAAACCAGCGUCGUUUCAAUGGACGAUUAUUUUUGUUUUGUUUUUUUCUUCUUUUUUUUAAACCCCAGUUCUUUAAUUCUCAUCUUUGCGCAUGAGAGGAGUGAAGUGUUUUAGCUGUGUUCGCUCAGUAGGACUCUGGGAUGCUGAGGAUGGUCAUAGAGGUGCUUGGUGGUGUUCUAAGUACCGAAAUCACAGAUAUAUUUUGAAUGAUUAGAAAAGGAUGCAAGUGCUGGAAUUGAGUUGGAAAAUUCAAGUGUGGAUCGAGUGUUACAUAAGAAAGUCAACUAUGGAUAAAUCUCCUUUCCCACCCCCCAUGUUAAAAUACCCUGAUACACAUCCAUCAUGCCGUGCUUAAAUUCAGAUAAACAGCUGUUACUAAAUAUUUUACAUUGUACUGUACAUUUUUUUCUACUUAAUCAGAAAUUACACAUAAGUGAGUAUUGGUUCAUCUUUCACAUGUCAACUUUACAUCCAGAGCCAUGCAAAGUGUUCAAAGAGACAUGUCAGUUGUCGCUAAGAAAGCAGCCUUCCUACACCGUUGAGAGAACGAGGGUCAUGCAUUCUUAAGUGUUCUUGUAUACCUGAGCUCUUCAUCCAGUGUGCUGU